AUGGAGCAAAUUGUAGCAAUUAUGGCUGUUUGCCGACUCACCAUUCUAAAUAGGAUGCCCACUACUCCUCUGACUCUGUUGGUGGUACAUCGGGUGCGGGAACAAGUGAAAGUGCAAGUCCAGAGAAGUGGAAAAAUGAAGACCUGGGGUGGUUCCCGAAGCCAAAGAGCGAAUAUACUGAAUUCUCAAAUAGUAUUCUUCCAAAAUUCUACCUGUACUUAUGGACCACUUGUCCCUACAAGGAACGCUUUCGCCGCUGUUUCUGACUGAAAGAAAGCGCCAGUGGGAAGUUCGAGAGGCUUUGGAAACAAUGAAUCACAAGUUGACUUUUGUGACUUCUGAUAAUCCAACGGCUGCCGGGAGAUUUAUGGAGGAAAAUUUUUGCGCAAAAUGCCAUGACGCUAUCACGAUUAAGAACAACAUUAAUGACCUUUCAAAGCUGAAGGUCAAAAAUCGAUGAGCUGAAUGCGAAAGUAAGUGAAGAUGAUAAUACGCUGUUCGAUUCAAAAGGGACGGCAUAUUAAAUCUGGCCACAAAUCUAGUCACGAUGCGGAUGAAGAAUUUCUGGUUAAGCGAUUGUUUGAGGAAAGUGAACUAGUCAGAGGGGACAGUCAGGCUAUUAUAAAGUUUUCAGAUAAAUACAUUGUCCCCGAAAAGCUUGUGGCAGAGUAUGUUGAGCACCUUGUUCAUAUAAAAAUGCGCAAGGAGAAGAAGAAAGAGGAAACCGAAAGGGAGCGAAUGGAACGGCUGGACCGGGAGUACAAUAACAUUGACUGGGUUGGACUGUACAACUCCGAUAAGCUGUCGUCCUUGAGGGUGGACGAUCUAUCCUUGUACUUUUCCCAUCAGAAGAUCACCUUCAAAGGGAAGAAAUCUGAAAAGGUCGCAAUGAUCAAAUCACACAUUGGCAGCUUGCUGUACGAUUCAAUGGAGUGUCAACAACCUCGGCAGCCCCCGCUAAGAAAUGUGCAGCAACAAGUGACCUCAUCACUUUCCGAGGUUGAAACUGACUUGCAAAGUGAUGUAGUAGAUCGAGUUGUCGGUUCAAGCCCGAGUAGCUUAAGUGACGAAUCGUGA